AUGGGUUUCGGGGAGAAGGAGGCACAGAAAAAGACCAAAAAAGCAAAGGCCAUCAAAAAGAUGUCGCUGACGCAACGCGCCGAAGCCGUCGCCCCAUAUUUUGUCUCGGCGCUGGUGCUUUUGCCGUUUUAUGCGUCGUGCACAACGAUGACACUCCUUCUCUUCCUAAACCCAUAUUGUUCGCCAAGAGAUGUUGAUCGCGUAUUGGCAUUUAGCAGAGACCCUGGCUUCUCAUGCUCCGGAAAGCAAGACGGUUUCUACGCCACCGGCUGCAGCAACACCUAUUGGGGAUGUGUGAAUGGAAUGGCCGUUCAGCACAGCUGCAACGGAAAUGACCUCUGGUUCACCGCCGAGGGUUCUCGCUGCGACUACAAGGAGUUCGUGCCGGAAUGCGGAGGCCGCACGCCUGCCCCUCAGCCCCAGUCUCAGCAACCAGCCCAAUCCCCACCCCAAAUGGUCCAAGGCUGCCAGGGCAAGAUGGAUGGCAUCUACCCGACCACCUCGUGCACCAAGCAGUACCUCAGCUGUGUCGGCGGACUUGGAAUGCUGAACAAUUGCCAUGAUGGUCUCAUCUUCAACGAGGCGAUCAGCGCCUGCGACUACAAGGAAAACGUCCUUUCUUGCGGUGGACAGGCCCCAGCUCAGGAUGUGCCUCAACAGCCCAUCCAGCCCCGACCCACCCUGACAUUUGACUGUACUGGUCUUGAGGAUGGCUACUGGUCCACCCGACAAUGCUCUGACAAAUAUGCCUACUGCCAGAUGGGACAGGCUACCAUGGAGGCUAACUGCCCCGCUGGGACCGCUUUCUUCAACCGAGCCCAGCAGUGCUUGAACAAGAACAACCACCCCGAAUGCGUUCGCCAGCAGCCCCAGCCUCAGCAAAUGCUCCCUCAAUCUCAGCCCCAGCAGCAACAACAGCCAAACUACGGUGGAUUGAGCCAACCCCUCCCCGCCCAGGACUCCAACCCAUGCAGCGGAAAGGUCAACGGCCUGUACUCUCAAGGAUGCAGCAACAAAUACGUCAUGUGCAACAACUUUGCCCCCUCAACCUUCUUCUGCCCAGGCAGCUUUGUCUUUGACGACGUCACCAAGCGGUGUACGUAUGCCAACCAGGUCUCUGGCUGCAUGUCCCCCGUGCUCCCGCAAUCCCCGGUGAUCCGCACCCCUCAACCCUUCCCCCAGCCAUUCGUUCAGCCCCAGCCUAUGUUCUAUCGUCAACCUAAUAAAUCGCCACCGCCAAUGCCGGAUAGUUCCGUUGGUCGGUAUGCAGAAGAGGAUGGGCCUAUGAAUACGGUAGAAGAUAGUUUGGAUGCUGGCGUCGCACAAAAUUACCUCAGCAGCGCGCCCUAUAUGGAACAAGAAACCGAAGACUGUAGUGCCCUUCCCAACGGCACAAACACAAUGCCCCACGUUUUUCAAUGCGACCUCGAAGAAGAUUCCGAUCCGCUCUUUAUCAUCCACAAUGCCGCCGUCACCAACUACACCGGCGAUACCCAGUACCCCGUCGAUUUUACCUCACCAAUCCGUAUUUUCUUGGAUGUGACAAGCCGAGUAAAUAGAAGAUUCGAUAACCUUGGAGUGGAUGUCUCCGUGUAUAAGCGAUCGACAGGAUGGUUUGGAUGCGGAUGGUUGUUUAUACCGAGUUUUACGUUACUAAACAACGGCGAUGUUUGUGAAGAAAAUCAAUCUUGCCCGUUGGCAAGAGGACGACAAGUGCUCGAGCUCCCCCUCGAACCUCAAAAGCUUUUCACCCGAUUUUUCCGGAUGUUCCAUAAUGACAUGCAAGCCUAUCAACUAAUAUUGCGGGUUCGCGAUAAUUCCCGACCAUUCGAUGACCUCUUCUGCGCCUCAAUACAAACCCGAAUCUCGUUUGAUUCG